AUGAACAGUACUUUUAACCAGAUGGACGGAAAAGUGGACGAUAUCGCAGCCGAAGUAAGUGAUGCUUCUUUAAUACCCAAAGACCCUUCAGUUUUUAAUCAGUCACCUCCUGAACAUGUCACAUUUCGUAAACGCUUGAACUGUAACUCCCAGAUAAUUAAUACAACAGAUUUUCUCAAGUUCCAAGAUAAAAUUUUAAGCAUAAUGGAAAACUGGUUUUCUAGACAAGAUGAAAAAAUGUCACUUUACAUUAAACAGCUGAGUGAGAUAAGAGAUUCUAUCGAAUUUAUAAGCAGUAAAUAUGAAGACUUGCACAAGACAUCCGAGGCCUUAGAAAAACGUAUAUCGGAUUUAGAAUCCAAGACCAACUUGCGGGGUGAAAAUGAGAAUGAAAUAAAAAUUUCUGUCUUGGAAUCAAAGAUUAAAAACAUGGAACAACAGUCACGUAUUUGUAAUGUAGAAAUUAACAAUUUACCGGAAAAAAGAAAUGAAAAUUUGAUCACCAUUAUUGAAAGUAUUGCGACCGCAGUCAAACAUACCAUCGUGUCUAAUGACAUUGUUGCUAUUCACCGAGUGCCUCACGCAAACACUGGCAAUCCACUUCCCAAAAAUAGUAUAGUUAAAUUCACCACGUGUAUCAUUCGUGACAGUUUUCUAACAGCAUAUCGCAAAAACAAAGGUCUAACAACUGAUCAAAGUGGCAUUGGUUGGAUUAAGCACGAACCAAACAAUUCUAGUCUAAAUGGCUUUAUUUCUACUAUAAAUUUCACUGUUGACAUGGUAAAAAAAGAACUUGAAAAUUUAGAUGUUUGCAAGGGAUCUGGACCGGAUGGUAUUCCUCCUUUCUUCCUUAAAUAUACAGAGGACACAAUCUGUGUUCCUCUGACGAUUCUUUAUAAUAAGUGCAUUCAAGAUGGUGUCUUUCCUGCUAUUUGGAAAACAGCGAAUAUCACACCUAUUCAUAAAGAGGGAUCCAAGAACGACGUAGAAAAUUAUCGGCCAAUCUCAUUACUAUCCGUAUUGUCAAAAGUGUUUGAAAGAUUAGUACAUAAUGUUAUUUAUCCUGUCCUUCACAAUAUAAUCAUACCCGAACAACACGGAUUUGUUAUAAAACGAUCCACAGUAAGUAAUCUCCUCGUUUAUACUACAUACUUAUUUGAACAUAGGGAUAAAGGAAUACAGGUCGAUUCUGUGUAUACUGACUUCCGUUAG